UUGCAAGUCGCUUAGUUACUGACGUCACUUCCGCAUUGAAAGCGUCUUGGAAAGGCGCAAGCUUGUGUGGUGAAUAUUUCUGUUUCGAGAAUUUCCUAUUGAUAAACGCCACUCGAAAAAGCGCGUUACUGUUGAUUUAUCUCCGGGCAGGGAGGGAAAACGAGACGACAGUGGCUCCUUGUCAACAACCGAGGGCCACAAAUGGGCCGGGUGCCGCUGAACUACCUGCUGCUGGGUGGUCAGGUGCUGCUCUUUGUGACCGCUGUGCUGCUGCAGAGUCUCGAAGGGAUCCUGUCCCAAAACGCCACCGGCUCUGCAGAUUCGGAGAACGGAACCGAAGACAACAGCAGCAUAUCCUGGGACUAUAAAGACCCGACGUCUCCGUUGGUGUUGUGUAGUUACUUGCCAGAGGAAUUCAUUGAAUGUGAUGAGCCUGUGGAUCACGCAGGGAAUGUUUCAGCCCAGGCAGGACUUGGACAUGGAUGUGUAAAGUUUGGUGGUCAGGCGUACAUAGACGUAGAACAUACCCAAGUGACCUGUAGAGCACUGGAUGGGAUAGAAUGUGCUGAACCAAGAACAUUUCUGCGAGGGAACCAGCCAUGCAUUAAGUACACAGGACAUUACUUCAUAACGACUCUGCUUUAUUCUUUUUUCCUUGGCUGUUUUGGCGUGGAUCGCUUCUGCUUGGGUCACACUGGAACAGCAGUUGGGAAGCUUCUUACACUAGGAGGCCUGGGAAUCUGGUGGUUUGUGGAUCUAAUAUUGUUGAUCACAGGUGGGCUGAUACCCAGUGAUGGCAGUAAUUGGUGCACAUUCUAUUAAACAAAAACUGAGCAGUUUGUUUCAGAAUGAACCAAUGGUUGAGGUGAGAAGUUUCCAAAAUAGGUGACUAAUAUGAGGAUGCACUAUAGCCAGCAUAAAAGACAACACACGCUUGGAAUAUAGCUGGUUGUACCCUAGUGGACCUGCAUGCUGCUGAAAAAAAUGGAGAAAGUUUUAAAAGUAUUGUGUUGUCAAGACGAAGAUGAAAUUUUUGGCUUUGAAGAUAAACAGUUCGUCAUCAUUUGGCACACUUAUCCCUAUGCAGGAGGUAUAUAAUUUUUCUUUCAUUGUUUUACCUUGAAUAUCAUCUUUUUCCAGUCUAAUUUAUAACUGAUCAUGUAAUACUGCAGUCAGGGGUAUAGCAAAGGCCCUGUAGCCAAAGGUUGGGCCUAUUUUAUUUUACUGUAUUCUCAUACAGUUCAUGAAACCAAAAGUACACCUCUCCCUGUACCCCUAGGGUACACAGUUGGCCUCUCUGUAAUAUAUUAAGCUUGAAAUGGAAAAAAAAAAUCUUACAUCUUUGUACAUUGAAAAGUAAAAUCUAAUGCUUUCACAACAGUUUUGUGCCUUUGUACAUAUCUAGCAAUAAUGGUAUUUCUCUUCAGUACUCUUUCAAAAUGUGUAUAUAUUAUGUAAUUGGUUGGCUUGUGCUUUUCUCUGCCAGGACACCGGUUUUGCAACAGUUAGUGUCCCUUACCAGAUCACUAUCUUAGUGUUGUAUCAUUUAGGUUUUAUUCCUUUUGUUCCCAUUAAUUUGUCAAAUGAAGAUUUUGUUUGGGCGUUUUUCAAUUGGCAAACUGUUUUAUUAAUUAUUGUUCCCAAAGUAACUAAAUGAGCAUAGUAGUGGUGCUUUCAGAGCAAUGAAAACCAGAGGCCUUUUCUUUUUGGCUGAAAUGAAGGGAUGGAAGCUUAUGGAUAUUUGUUAUAAAAUAGAACCAAUCUCUCUGUUUUGAAUUUUUUUUUUUUUAA